CACGAUUAUAUUAUUUAUUAAUUAUUUUCAUAAUAAUAAAGAUGAUAAUAAAUAUUAUAUUAAAUUAAAAAAUAUAAGUGAUAUCGAUUAUUAAAUCCUUUAGGACAUCAUUAUAAUUUAUAACUCGUUAGUCGUCGAGCGACGAGCUGUCAAAAAAACUAUUUAAUAAAAUGGACAAGGUACCUGAUUAUUUAUUUUAUAUUUCAGAAUUCAGAUUACUGUACAACCUUUAACUACAUGAAUCCAUUGCAAAGAGUAUAAUAAUAUCCAUUGUAAUCACAACGUGUGUCAACCUCUUUGUAGUUAAAUAAUGAAGUUACGCUGUAUCUACAAGCGUUGUACAGCUGUUUUUAUUUUUUUUACUUUUCUACUCACUGGGUAUUUGUAUACAUAUAAAAACAUUGAAUUAAAUGAGAGCAUUGAUAAGCAAAUUGCUCACUUAAAGUCUAAGGACAUUAAAUACAUUUUACAAUGGACAUCUAAAAUCAAACCACCUUUUUACUUCAUGGGUGAAAACAAUACUGCAUUCACGGAAAACAAAUGCAAGUUUACAAAUUGUUAUGUGACAGAUGACCGCAACUAUUUCAUUGACCAAAGUGACUUUGAUGUCAUUGCAUUUAAUGGGAAAGAUUUACUUGAUAUGAGGUCCUCUGAAAUGCCUACACAGCGUUCAUUUAAACAGAAAUAUGUAUUUGGUGCCAUGGAGUCUGCUGAUAAUUUCCCGUUAUGUGAUCAAUAUUUGGAUGGAUUCUUUAAUUGGACAUGGACAUACAGAUUAGAUUCAGAUAUACGUUGGGGUUACAUAAAUAUAUUUGAUAAUAGUAAAACAAAGGUUGGGCCUAGAAUUGGUAUGAAAUGGCCAGCUAAAAUGAGGCCAGUCAAUAAAAAGCUGAAGAAUAAGUUAUCAAACAAAACUAAAGCAGUCGCUUGGUUCGUGUCUCAUUGUGAAACUAAAAGUAAAAGAGAGACUUUUGCAAACAAAUUACAAGAGCAAUUACAAAGGUAUGGCUUGACAGUUGAUAUAUAUGGCUCAUGUGGUAAAAUGGACUGUCCACGAAGGGAUUUUCGUAAAUGUUCUAAAUUGAUAGAAGAUCAUUAUCACUUUUACUUAUCGUUUGAGAACUCAUUUGCUGAGGAUUAUGUGACAGAAAAGCUAUUAAAUGCACUAAACAAUUACGCUGUACCAAUUGUUUAUGGAGGAGCAGACUAUUCGAGAUAUCUGCCAAACAAUAGCUAUUUAGAUGCCUUGAAACUUGGACCAAACAAACUAGCUAUGGAAAUAAUAAAUAUAAUUCAGAACAAAACUAGAUAUUAUGAAUUUUUCCGAUGGAGAAGCCAUUUUGUGUACAAAAAAGCAGAGAGGCUUGAUGUGUGUAAUCUGUGUGAGUGGUUAAACAAUGGUGACAAAACUAGUGAAGUUACAGUUUGGAGUCAUUUUAGAACAUGGUGGAAUGGAGCAAGGUAUAAAGAGAAUUGUGCCGGUUUUACUAAUUACUGAGUAAUUUAAUGUUGUCUUUAUUUGUUGCUGCAGUGGAGAGGAGUCAAGAGUUAAUUAUGUGUACAAUGUAGCUGUUGUCAAACAUCUCCAGAGUAACCACAAACUUAUAGUUAGUGAGAAGGGCAAUGGACACCGCCAAUGUCUUUAAAAGAAAAUAUUAUACAGCUAUGCUAUUUGACAGUAUGAAAAUGAUGAUUGCUUUUAUAAUUAAUAUAGUUAUUUUGGAUUAUAAAAACAUUUGUAUUGAUAAAGAUAAAAAUUUUUGAUAUUUUGAAAUAUUCACUAUAACUGGAGAGUUUAAUGUCAAUGCUUGGGAUAGAUUUGCGAAUGACAUGGCAUCAGAAAGUUAACUUAGUGGUACAUCCGUUAGGCUAACAGCUUCUUCUCUGCAGGCGAAUUAUGGAAUCCCGUAUGGUGCAUAUAUUUUAGCACAAUUAAAAAAUUAUAUAUGUUUUCCUAUAGUUCUUAAUAAAAAGUUUUUGUAGAUAUGGUCAUCGUUGUAAAUGAUCUCAAAUAGUAUCUUAAAUGUUACCAUCGGAAUUGUCAAUCGUUGAAAUCGGAAUUUUAUUUAAUGCAAUAAUAAAGAACAUAUUAUUUUCUACUUUUGUUAUAAUACCCUUAAAUUGAGAGAGGAAUAGGUUGUAACUUAGUAUGUGUCGGGUACACAUGAACACUUCUAAAUCUGAAAUCAGUACGGUUUCAAAACUGUUGAAUAAAUCGCAUUCAUGUAUUACUUUUGCUUUUAUUAUGUCUUUAUGUUUUUAUUUUUCAUUGUAUUGUUUCAUUUACUAUUUUUAUUGUUGUUUUAUUAAUAGUCGGAGCAUUUGUAUUGCAUUGAGUAUAAAAUAAUUAGUGGUUUGUACAAAAAACUUUGUAAAUUAUUUAAAUAUUUUAUUCCAUACAAAAAUGGAAUUCCGUCUUAAUGUUGUUGCACAAUAAAUCUUUAUUUAUUAUAGACUGCACUUUUUAUAUUAUCAAAUGUAGUAAGUGGUUUUUUUCCAAAAAAACCGGAGUUUUUAAGUUAUUAGAUAAAUACAGAAAUAACCUACAAAUUAUAUUUAGCUUACUCGCAACUUAUAUAUAAUAUAUUAACACCUAUAAUUAAGCCAACACUUAGAUUAUUUAUUGUAAUAAUAUUAUUAUGCUUUUGUUAAUAUUUGUCUUGUUGGUGUUAAAUAAAUAAAAUAGAUUAAAGCGGUAUAUGCGUGGCUUGACCACGUGGUUAUAUCUAAUACCAGGUAAAGAGGCUAGUGAAAUAAAAUUAAAAAAAUUUUGAUGUUAGUACCAUACAAAAUAAUACAAAUUUGUAAAAAGUAAUGUUAUUUAAUUAAGUGAGAAUCCUAUAUUUUUAAUUAUGUUAUAGUACAGUAAACAAGUACCUUCCCACUAAAAAAAAGUGUGUGUGUCAGCUCAAAAUCAAGUCCAAUGGAGUCGGUUACAAACAGACGUACAGAGAAGCUAAUAAAAGCGUAUUAAUUAAAAAAUCAUUUAAUCCUUAAUGCUCAAAAUAUAUCAGGAAAUGCCCAAACACAACUCCUGUUAAAAGCGGAACUCAAAAUUCAAAUUUUAAAAGGUCCAUCAAGGAAGUUACAUUUUGGCACACCCUCAUAGGUCUAUUAUACUACAUGCAUAAGCUAUAACACAGUAUACUGUGUAUGCUGGCUACACACAAGUAUAUACACACACACUCACACACAACUGAAAAUUGAAAGGUGCGCGAGAAAUGAUGCGCACCAAAAACGUUACUAUCCCAUUUGAUGAGUAGGUUUUACUCUCCAUAUUUUUCUCAUACCGGACGCCUUAUAUGAAAAUCAAUUCUUAAGGAGUAAACUCCAAUAAUGAUUGUUAAGCAAUAGUCUACUUUUGUGGGUUUUAUUCAAUCGAUACAAUUUUCUAUAUUAGUGCUUCGUUCUGUUUAAAUUUUGAUUAAUACAGUCAAGAAUUACUAUGUAUCAGAAAACCAGAUAUGUCACCGGACAUCAUAAUGAGGAAUAGAACCAAAUUAAGACAUUUUAAUGUAAAAUUGAAAAAGAUACUUAAGCGAUAAUGUGGGCUUUCUAUGAGCUACCAAUUUUUCAACUCUGUUGCAUGUGCCAUGUUAAAUGAUAAUCCAUAUAAAUGUUAUAGCAAUGCAAGUUUUAAACUUACUAUAAAUAUUAAGUAAUAUAAUGAAAUGAUGUUAUACUCUUAUUACCUCAAAUUAAUGAAUAAAUAAAAUAUACUUGAAGUUAUAUUAUACAAUAUUUAAUAACCCCCUUAUUCAUAAUAGUCUGCUAACUUAAAGCAUUGCUAAUUCCCACUCUGUCUUCUUCUAUUGACCUAAGUCAGAAUGAGAAAAAACACUCCUUAGCAGCUGUUUAAAGUUAGCGGGCCAUUAUAAGGGGGUAGAAAUUUAAUUAUUACAGGGUAAAUAAGAAUAGGAGAGAGAAAUGUACUUAUCCUUAAAAACUCUAGUUACCUACUAUGUUAAUAAAUAAUUAUAUUUUGAAAA